AUGACACUACCGAAGCUUCCGGAGCAAUCCCAAAAUCAAAAGCUUCCGUCCAAUGGUGAUCCAGAUGCGUCUAAAUUACCGCCUCUAGGCAAGUGGAACAUUCCAUCCAAGACGACGUCCAUGAGUAACUCCCAGAACAUACCAACAAUACCGAAAACUAGUCGUUUUCAAAAACUACGUGAACAUCGCUCAUGUCCAUCUUUAAGCGUUGAAAAGGGAUUGGAAAAGCUUUACGAAAUACCUCAUGUGGAAACACGGAAAAUCGAGUGGAUUGGAAAGUCUGCAACAAUCAGCGAAACUUAUACAACAAAGUCUGGAUGGCAGUAUAUUCUGAAAGAGGGAUCGGUUCCAUGCUUUGAAAUGCUGCGAUCUGAGCUUCCAGACCCAUUGGUCUUCUACGAAGAAGUGGAACCCAUCGGGCGCCAUUUUGGAGCUGUUGUGCUUCAAGUCAUUGAAGGGCCGCACAGAUCUCAGGAACGAUCUGUCACUGCUCUAGAUCCCAAUCGCUUGCAAUUUAAAGCCCGAAAGCAGUCUCUGAGACCCAUACAUGUCGAGAGGCAGAGGAAGCUAGACUUUUACCGGAAACUAUAUCAAUAUCACAGCAUGCGGGGAGAUAACAUCAUGGACUCCAAUUCACAAAAAAUACCGAGUAUCGACAGGAGGCCGCUGGACCUGUAUAGAUUACGCCAAUGCGUUCUUCUUAGAGGAGGUUAUCAAGCGGUUUGCAGUAAAAAAGGCUGGGCGCAAAUCGGAAGAGAGCUUGGGUAUUCAAAAACAGCAUCAACUUCUUUGCUGGCAACUCUGCGAUCGACUUAUACAAAGAUACUAGCCGAUUUUGAUGAACAUACUUUACGGGCCGAGACCACAGAAAAUGUCAUUCAGCAAAAAAUCUAUUCUAAACUCCAAAUAGUGCUCCCAUCCUCCAUAACAUGUGAAGCAACAGAUGAAAAACGCAAAAAGAAGAGGGCAGUACCCAGCACAAUAAUUGCUGACAAUAGCUCGAAAAGACAGAAGAUCACAAAACCAAAAGUUUAUCAAGUUAUAGGCAUUGGCACCGAAUACUCAAGGCUGCGAGACGUUCUACAACAUAAAGGAUUUGUUACGAAGUUUGAGUCUUUGACUGAUCGUAAGAAACACAUCACCAAACCUUCUGUCUCCACCUUACCGAAUUACGAUUAUUCUUUUUGGAAGAACACUACUGGAAUUUAUGAUAGAUCCACUUAUGAAGCCCUAGACUCUCCGCUUUACAGUCUGACACAAUUCUCUGAGAAAUCGCAUUUGCACUCGAAACAGGUUUUCGAUAGAUGUGAGCAGAGAUUACCGCAUGCCUUAUCAAAUUAUCAAAAAAUGGACGUUGACAAGUUUGAAAGGCUUUUUUAUCAGGUUUUGUCAGAUAUAGACGUCCCGUGUGACGUAGACUGUGCAGUAGAUCUUCCGUCUCGUAUCUACGGGUCUGCUUUUCCCAAAUUUUCCGGGGAGAAGAACGAUACAUUCGCGAGCAAUUCGUGGUCACUGAAUAGCUUACCCUUGUCAAGUAAGUCCGCGCUCUGCUUCUUGAAUGCUGACUACGGCGAUCAUGUUUCUUCCCGUAUGGACAUAGGGAUGUUGUUCUCAGUGAAAGGCUGGGCCGUUGAGGACAACUUCCUCCCUGCCGUAGACUAUAAUCAUGUCGGAUCGUCGAAGCUAUGGUACAUCGUUUCGCCCCAGGAUUUGGAAAAAUUUGAGCAACUGACAUUUGUGUCAAAACAAAAAGUAGCUUCAUCAAGCAUCACCACAGACGCCAUAAAAGAUACAAAUUUCCGAGAAUCAGCCUUUUACCAAUGCUUCGAUGGAACUACGCAAGCGGAAAGCUUUUCCAGCAUACUUCCAAGGAUCAAAACUCAUUCGUUUUCUCUACCGCCCGGUAAUAAUUCCGAAUCAGCAUUUAACCAGCUUUCUGAUGAUAUACUACUUCAUCCGGAAGUCCUCGAAGCGAAUCACAUCAAGGUUCGUAAAGUCAUCCAAAACCCAGGAUCAUAUAUUUUCAAAUUUCCUAAGACUUAUUCAAUGAACAUACACUCUGGCUUUAGUGUCUCGGAAAAUGUACGUUUUGCUCCCGUUUCUUGGUUGGAUUAUGUUAUGGAUAGCGAAUUGUGGCUUGCAAAGCACGGUAUUUUGUCAACUGUCAAUCCCUUCCAGCUUCUGCAUAACAUCGUCUCUGAGUCAAGAGACAAAAACUUAGUUUUGAAAGCACGCAAUAUUCUUUUGCCUCUCAUCAUAGAUGAACUGAAUGCAAGAGAUAGGCUAAGCAGGAUGUCAAAGAACCUCAUCGUCUGUCCAAACACUUUUGAUUUUAUCUCCGAUCUUGAUUUCUCGUCAACGGGAGCUUCGAAAGUUCUUCUGGCGAAUGCGGACGAUUGUGUUACUCUUUCAUUGAAACAGUUUCUACUGAAUUCAUCGGUGAGAGACGGAAAAUUACAUUAUUUGGGUCAAAAUGUUGAAAAUAACUUGACAUGUGUGUCUUUGCAUUUGCUUUUCCUUAAUGAGGAUCUCGAUUCUUUACUUCAGCAGGAUCGCGCUCGGAAGAAGGCUGUUCAGUCUUUUCCGGGACAUGAAAAUGGUGGCUCAAAAGAAGAAAAGACACAAAUUCUGAAUGCCUACGUUGCCCAAAUCAUCACAAAUGGGAAACGGAUAGGUUUCGAAGAGAUCAACAUGUACAAUGAAGCGCUUUCCCAGUAUGACGAUUUGGUUUCAAGCAACUUGAAGAAAACCAUAUGUGAAAUAAAUAUCGCGAGAUCCAAGUGCGUGCGAUUUCUAAAGGGUGUUGAAACCGAGUCGCAUAAACCAGGUCCUUCAAGUUCACACCUAAGAUUCAGUCUUCCAGAGAUUCGCGUGCCAGAAUUCUGGCAUUCUGCCACGGAGCUUUUCAGAUUACAAAGAGAGAUACAGGUGCUCCCGGUAGAGUUUCCGGAAAUGCAUGAUAUCUUCAAUCUGUGCCGAAAAGUGAAAAAAUAUCAAACGCUUUGCGAAACUGCCAUACAAAAGAAUGAUAUGAAGUUGGUACACGAUGCAUACCAGAGUGGGUUCUCACUCGGUGUCAGUUCUCGGUUUCAAAAGCUGGUGGCGAAGAAGAUAGGCGAAACUCUGUGGCUAGAAGAAUACGAAACGAUCUUCUCGAAGAGAAACAGAUUCCAUACUCAUGGCACUAUGACAGGUGGACUCGAGGACCUGCCGCUUUUCUUGGAGUUCGGCUUGCGAUAUGUAAGGAAAGACGAACAUCUCGAAAAGUUUCGUGAGGUUAAGAGAGCCAUCAUCUCUGCACAGAAAGUGCUACAUAAUGUGAAGUCUCUUUUCAAGAAAAAGAAUAGCAAGAUACCGGUUGAGAGACUUCAAGAAUUGUUCUCUGAAAUGACAGAAAAUCAAAACUUAGUCAACCCACGUCUGUCAGAAGUGAUCAAAGCCGUUCUUGACGCUUUCGAGGGAAGUAAGCAAAGCUGCGCGAUGGCGUUCGCAAGAUUGAACACAAACGACCGGUUUUUAAGUCAACUGACAACCGGCGCUACUGUCGAAGCGUUGUUUGAUUCGGGUAUCAUGGAAAACUUCGACGGUUCCGCUGGUGACAAACGUUUGACCCAGCAGGAAGUUCCAAACAGAUCAAUCUUUUCUAAGCACAUAAAAGACUGUAAGGCUUGGUUACAUGCACUUUUUAGCACUGUCCCGAAAAGGCAAUCGUGGACUAAAGUUGUACAGGCCACUGAGCAGUGCUUUGGAACUGAAGCUGAAACCCGGCAGGGCCCAACAAUAGGGACUUCCGAUAAAGAUGAGUCCUAUUGCUUUUGUCGCAGGGGGGACUUUGGCAGUACUAUGGUUGCCUGUGAGAUAUGCGGGGAAUGGUAUCAUAUGACAUGCAUUAACAAAGGGAAGUGGUCAUUGGGAGAUACUGAAAGUAGCGUGUUUGCUUGUCCCAUAUGUUGUGCUCACGACGUUCCAGGCCUGAACGUAAUACACUACGACGAUCUACAAAAAAUUGUUAUGGAGUCGUGCCGCCUGAAGAUUAUACCUGAUCGCCACGUCCUUUUGGAGGUUUUCGAGAUCUUCAAGCUCGCUACCCAGUUCAAGCGAAAUCUCAGAAUAUCGGUUUUUAAUGUUAACGGCACUUUGAGAUCCGAUGUCCCACUGUUGCAGUUAAAAUUUUAUCUCCGAAAGCUAAUGGGAAGUGGAGUAAAACUGGAAAGUGAGGAGCAAGUGCUUAGAAACGCAUGUCGUGAGCACGAUGUUGCAAGAUUGAGAUCGUUUGCGGAAAAAGGCAUAAAUGUUGUUACGGGAUUGGAAAUCUCAAAGGACAAGCCUAGCAACAACAUUGCAAUACCUUCCGAAAAGCCUACAGAACAAAUAAAGGCUUCUGAAGAGACUAAGGUCGACGUGUAG